AUGCGGUCGACCUAUCUCGCUGGCGCUGCACUCUCUGCAGCAGCCGUUCACGCUGUCUCCUUGAGCGACAUAUGCUCCAAGGCUUAUGCCAAGUCUGCUCUUCCCGCUGAUGGCUUCAUCUCCGGCAUCACGAUCGACCCGGACUCUGUUCAAACUGCCCUCGUCUCCAACGCUAGUUUCCAGUCGGAAUGGUAUCCCACUGCUAGUGCCGACUAUUGCAAUCUCACCUUCGCCUAUUCUCACGACGGUAUUGACAAUGAUAUCGUUCACGUGUCAUAUUUACUGCCUGCCCCUAGCAAAUUCCAGAACCGCUAUGUCUCUACUGGCGGAGGUGGACUUGCCAUCAACUCGGGGAGCCAGUACGCCGCUUCUGGACUUAUAGUCGGCGCUGUUUCUGGAAUCACUGACGGCGGCUUCGGAUCGUUCAACACCCAGUGGGACGAGGUCUUCCUCCUGGCAAACGGUACCAUCAACUGGCAGUCUGUCUACAUGUUCGGUUACCAGGCUCAUCACGAACUUGCCCUUCUCGGCAAGGAACUGGCAAGGAACAUUUACAAUGUUUCCAAGCGCUCCAAGGUCUACUCUUACUAUCAAGGAUGCUCUGAAGGAGGCCGUGAAGGUUGGAGUCAGGUACAGCGUUUCGCCGAUCAGUUCGACGGCGCUGCCAUCGGAGCCCCGGCCUUUCGAUAUGGCCAACAACAGGUCAACCAUCUGUUCGGCAAUGUGAUUGAACAGACCUUGGAUUACUUCCCUCCUUCAUGCGAGCUGGACAAGAUUCUCAACUUAACAAUCACUGCUUGUGAUGGUCUGGACGGAAAAGAGGACGGCGUUGUCUCGCGCUCUGAUCUGUGCAAGCUGCACUUCGAUCUCAACUCCACGAUCGGUACACCCUACUCAUGCGAUGCAUCCAGUUCAAAUGGUGGGCCAAUGCUGCGGGCCCGGCAGUUCUCCCAGCCGUCAACCCCAGCCCAGAACGGGACCAUUACAGCAGAGGCUGUGGCCGUCAUUCAACAAUUCCUCGAUGGCCUUCACGACUCUCAAGGUCGCCGUGUGUACCUCAACUACCAGCCUGGAUCAGGCUUUUCAGACGCUGCUACCUCCUAUGAUGAAGAGACGGAUACCUGGGGCCUGAGCAUCAGCGGACUCGGUGGCGAAUGGGUCGCUCGCUACCUCCAGCUUCAGGACACCAGCACUCUCGAGAGCCUUGACAACGUGACCUACGACACUCUCAAGGAGUGGAUGAUCUAUGGCAUGAACAAGUAUGCGGACUCUCUACAGACCACUCACCCCGACCUGAGCGACUUCCACUCCGCAGGCGGAAAGGUGAUCCAUGUCCACGGAGAAUCCGAUGACUCUAUCCCAGCCGGUUCAUCGGUGCACUAUUACGACUCUGUCCGCAGCGUCAUGUUCCCUGACAAGAACUACAACGAGAGCGUUGCCGCCGUCGAUGACUUUUACAGACUAUUCCUUGUCCCUGGCGGAGCUCACUGUGGCAGCAAUUCCAACCAGCCCAAUGGUGGCUGGCCGCAGACGACGCUGCAGACGGUUAUUGAGUGGGUCGAGAAGGGUAUUGCUCCGGAGACUUUGGAUGGAAGUGGCGGUGAUAUCGACACCAUCUGCCGUUGGCCUCUUCGUCCGCUGUGGUCUGGAAACUCUCUUGAUUGUGUUUAUGAUCAGGAGUCUCUUGAUAGCUGGACCUAUGACUUUGAUGCUUAUAAGCUGCCUCUUUACUAA